AUGGCUCCCCACGCAGAAGAGACCGUCUCGGCCGAAACCCUGGCCCCCGUCCUAGUGCCCGUCUCGGCCGCGAAGCUCCAAGCAACCGUCGCGCCGGGCGAGAAAGAUGGCUACGGUACUCUCUUCGCCCUCAAGGUCGACAGGGACGCCGAAGACGGGAAGAAGGGGCAUCCGGCAGCCCGGUACCCGCACUACCUGCCUACCUGGGACGCCUACGAAAAGGACCCUCCGCUCGAGCCGCGGGCGCACCACGACCCCGGGCUCGACGCCGACACGGCGUACCCGGAGCUGCUCGGCGCGGGCACGCAGCUCACCAACCUCACGCCGACGAUCGGCAGCGAGGUGCGCGGGAUCCAGCUCAGCAGCCUCGGCGCGGCCGGCCGGGCGCAGCUGGCGCACCUCGUGGCGUCGCGCAAGGUGGUGGCGUUCCGCGACCAGGACUUUGCCGACCUGCCCAUAGCCGACGCGCUCGACUUUGGCCGCUCCUUCGGCCCGCUGCACGUGCACCCGACGGCCGGGGUCGCCGCGGGAUACCCCGAGACUCUGAUCGUGCACCGCGGCGCCGGCGACGACUCGGUCGACCGCUACUUCGCCGGGCGCACGUCGACAGUGGCGUGGCACAGCGACGUGUCGUACGAGGCGCAGCCGCCGGCGGUGACGCUGCUGUACGCGCUCGAGAAGCCCGUCGUCGGCGGCGACACGCUGUUCGCCGACGCCGUCGAGGCCUACAACCGCCUGUCGCCAGCCUUCCAGCAGCGCCUCCACGGCCUGCGCGCCGUGCACUCGGCCGUCGAGCAGGCCAACGGCAGCCUCGCCCGCGGCGGGCUGCUGCGCAGAGACCCCGUCAAGAACGAGCACCCCAUUGUGCGCACGCACCCCGUCACGGGCGAAAAGGGGCUGUUCGUCAACAGGGGCUUUACGCGCGAGAUUGUGGGGCUCAAGAAGGAGGAGUCGGACGCGCUGCUGAACUUCCUGUACGACCACCUCGCGUACGGCGCCGACUUCCACGCGCGCGUGCGGUGGGAGGACAAGACGGUCGUGCUGUGGGACAACCGCGUCACACAGCACUCGGCCCUGGUCGACUGGCGCAACGGCGAGCGCCGGCACCUGGCCCGCAUCACGCCCACGGGCGAGCGGCCGGUCGAGACGCCGUUUGUUGGCGCCGGGCGGCGUAAUUAG